AUGACUCCUCAGGAUCACAUGAGAAAAAUAAUAAUCCUUGGGAAGCAGAGAGGUGUGGAAGACGGGGCCUUUUACCAAAUUGGGAGUGGACUUACACCUGGUGAACUGAGGCAUCAGCAAGAGAUCCUAACGAGGAGCCAGUUCAUGGCAAGACACCCACCGCUAAUAUGCCAGCAUGGAAUGCAGACAAUUCCUUCACAGUUGGAAUCUCGGUUUAUGGAAAGAAAUUUGUUACCUGCAUCUGAGAUCUUACCUACACCUGAUCUCAGGCAGAUACAUGUGGCUUCCACGCUUGGACCUCCUGUCUCACAACUUACUAACAUCCCAAACUUAUUAUCUAGUUGCGUUUCCCAAGGACCAGGAUAUAGUUUUCUUCAAUCCGAAUCAAUGGAAGCAGUAGCCAAAAGACAAGAAUUGAUUCAGAAACAAAAUAUUGCCAGGAUGGAAAUGAAUGCCAUGUUUCAACAAAAAGAACUCGAAAAAGCUCACCGAAAAAGUCUUCUAAAACUCAGGGGCUUUUUCCCUUACUCUGAUGUCCCAGCUGGCUCCACUGGUUUUCAAGCAAGACACCUGUCCGAUGGCUUGUAUGUCCAUCAGACUACCUUCAAUGAACUUCAGAGGAAUGCCAUGUUCAUGGCCACUAGCUCCUAUCCACCUUUCACCAUGCUUCAAAGGGAACGAGGCCGUCGACCAAGCAGAAGAGCUGGUCUUCGCAAACUUGCUCGUUGCCACUUCAGUCAUGGAAAGAACCAACUGGAGGAUAGGGAUGUGGAUCUGGCCUCGGUGACUGUCAGUGAAGAAAAAGAGGAUAAAAAAGAAACCAAAGUGGAGACGCCAAGCAAGCUUGCUGCAGCAGACGCAGAACGGGAGGUCCAUGCAGCACCAUCAGCAGCUGUCACCCAAAAUGAGAAGGAAUGUGAAGGUGGCCUGAGAAAGAACUUGUGUAACCAUAAAAUGCCCAGUGAAGGAAGUGACAGUCACAAUAGAAACGAGAAAGAUCCCCACAAUUCUUGCUUAGUCUUUAAUGAAAAGCGUGCAGAUCCAUCAAAAAUCACAUUCUCUGCUCUGGCAAGUGGCUUCUCCUUAUUCAAACAACCUCCAUUAUCUUUCGCCCCUUCCAGACUAAUUUUAAAUGGAGAACAAAUUUCAUCUGCUGAAGAUAUUUGCAAAUGGACUGUUGAAGAUGUAUACAGUUUUAUCAACAGUCUCCCAGGAUGCUCUGACUAUGCUCAGGUAUUUAAAGAUCAUGUCAUUGAUGGAGAAACCUUACCCCUGCUUACAGAAGAACAUCUUUUAGACAUGAUGGGGUUAAAACUUGGGCCCGCUUUAAAGAUUCAAUCACAGGUGUCCCAAUGCCUGAGAAAUGUAUUCUGCACGAUGAAUAUUCCCUUGGCCAUGCCUGUCCCAUCUGCAACUAGCACAUCUUCCGGUCCUUUCCAUGAUACCGCAUCCCAUCUUCCCUGUGGCAGUGCUCUUACUAUUCUGGCCAGUCCUUGCACUCAAGAUCCUGAAACUUCAAAAACAGUGGAACAAGUAAUUUCAGCAAGCACAGACAAUAAUCCGCUCUAG